AUGGAACAGAAAAAAUCUAGCAUAAAACUUAUUGUAGAGUCAAAUUUUGCAAACAAAGAGUGUAAAGAAUUAAUUCAAAUUGCAGCAAACAGUGAAAAAAAAAUAGAAAUAUUAGAAGAAAAAAAAAUAUAUGUUUCUAAUAAGUUAACAGAAGCUCUUAGUGUUAAAACAUAUUUUACUCCAUUACGGCAAUUAAGUUAUAAUGCAGAUUUAACAGUCUUACAGGAAAAAAUUAAUGCAUUAAAAAAUUAUAAAGAACUACAAAAUAAGUUUAAAGAAUUAACUGAUGACAAUAAAAAAUUGAAAUUAUAUGGGCAAAACAAUAAAUUAUAUGUGCAAAACAAAUCAAGAUUCUUUUCAAAGUCUAAAGAUGAUGAACUUAAAGUGAAAAAAAAUCUAUUUGUGAAGCAUAUAAGAAAAUUUAUUGAGAUUCUUAAUAAAGAAACAGUACAUACAGGACUUUCAAUCGAUCAGAAGACUAAAAAAAGUGAUGCAAACGAGAGAAUUGUUGAGUUUAAACUAAAAGAAAUCUUGAAUAACUUUGGAAAAGAAAGAUUAGCAAAAGAUCAAGAUGUUGCUUGGUUAAUGAGAGAGACAAAGUUUGCACAUAAAAAAAAAACUGAGUUAAUUCAAAUUGCAACUAAAUAUAAAGAAAAAUUAGACCUAUUAGAGAAAGAAGUAAACUAUGUUAUCGAUACAUUAAGGAAAG